GCUGUCAUUUAUUUUGGCAAACAAGCCUACCAGUCAUCGCAUACCCAGCUCCAAACGUUCUGGAGCCCAUAGGGAUAGAAUCAGGCUGGUCCAUGGCGGAUGUUGGGAGGCAGCCCACUGUUAUUAGGUCAGAAAAACAAAGCCGCUCAUCGGCCGAGGCGUCACGUCGUCAUCACAGCCAGCAUUCACAAAUAACUGCUUUCUCCUCACGGUCUCUUGGGUCGGGAGAGAAGGACAGCUCAAUGAGAGGAAGCCCCGAACCCGGGUCAUUCGGCACUGUUGCGAAGUCUAACAGGAGUCUUAUUGCGAGUGUUGACCGAUCUCGAACAAUGUCUUCGCAGGGGAAGCCGAAUACCCCGUCUUCUCCGUGCACUCCCGAAGGGCAGAAACGGCGCAUGAAGUCCCGCAGAUCUAGCGGAAGAUGGAAUGACUGGCCAGUUGAUUUUGGCCUUGGUCUCCUUGAUGACCCCUUUCACAAUGACCCUCUCCUUCAGGCACAAAUCGCGGAAUUGCACCGGCGUGUUGAAAGCAUUAAUCCCGCUGCCCUUCCAACCCUUUCUCCACCCUCUUUGACUGCAGUUGAAUCUGCAUGGAUAAAUACGCCCCCUUCCCCUCGGCAAACUUUUGAGCCUACCAGGCCUCCCACUGAUGCAUUCAUAUCUAAAGCCGGAGAUUUUGGACCUGUUGACAGUAACUUAUUCUUUGCCUCUGAGUCACCCAAAUUACGACAAGGGACCCAUCGUCGUCAUUUGGGCGAUCUUUUCUUGGGGAUCAAGGAGAAAGUCUCCGGAAGGCACAAGGAAGGGAUAGCCUUUCAGCAUUCUGAUGACACCGGUCAAGCAUUGCGUUAUCUACAGGCCGAAAACAGGAUUCGUGCAUAUCGCGAGGCACUUCGCCCAAGCACUAUUGAACGUGCCCAGGCAGCGAGAGCUCAGUUAGAACAUCGUUAUACUCUGAUUUACUCCGCUAUUGCUCGACGCGAACGACCCCCAAACUUGCUUGAUGUAAUAAAGUGGCGCAGAACUACAUUCGAACUCCGCCGCUCAAUUAGUCCGCGGCUUGUCCUUCCUACUGGAAGUACUCACCUUUCUGGACCCCUGAAGAGCCGCACUUCUGCUAGUGCACCUGUUCCGUUGAGAACAAUUGAGGAGGCGCAGACACCUUCCCCGUACGCUGUCGAGUCGCACCAGCUUCAAUGGUUGCCCCAUCUCGCUACUCUUUAUCUGAAAUUUCUUCAGCCCCUCCAUAGCCGGAAGGAAAUGGUCGACUGGCAUGUCACCGCUCAAGCUGUGUCAGAGUACGUCCAGAGAGAUCAGGAUUUAGAAGACCACUGGGCCAAUGAUUACCCUGGCUCUGUGGACCUUCCUCUCUAUGGACCUUCUACGUCACCAUCCCCAUCAAGUUCAGGACAGCAGGUUUACAUGAUUUCAAUGCAACCACCUGUAGGGGACAUGUCCCCCCGCAGUUCAUCCGACCGUGAAGCUUCACGGAGAAUCAAUCACAGAGGUUUCCAUUUAUCGUUAUCUGGCAUCCGGCAUCUGCCCAGAGCUGGAGUCUCACGGGCCAGUCUCUCGUCACCCCAGCAGCCAAGGUCCUCGCAAGAAUUUUCUCCAUCGAGCAGCAGAAGGGAUCUUGGGUACGUUCCCGGCCUGGGACUAAUUCGCACGCAUGUUAGCGAUGGUGCCGAUGUUUCUGAUUUUUCGGGAUCAGACGGUGAAGGUGACGCAAACAUUGGCCUGCGUGACGACGGCGUCCUCGCUAUCAUUCCACAGUCAAUUUCCCGCAGGAGCACCCAGCCUGAUCAGAUUCUCUCUGCCAGCGAAGAUGAUCCGGCUGGAAAAUCUCAGUCGCCGAGCAAGGCUCGUUCUCCAAUGGGCCGCUCCAGUUCUCGUAGGUGGGUUGGGCCACUCAUAGCCCGGUUAGCACUGCCCACCCCCAGCGUGGCUAGGAAUAAUGCCCAGAUUUCUGAUGAUCCCCAAAGUUCGCCCGCUGGAGAAAUUAAGCGGAUGGAAGAAUCGUCUCUGCCUGCCCCUACACCGACUCCCGGGCCGGUGCUGGACCAUCCCUUCACAGCGAAUCCAAUUUCCAGAUUCUCGCACACAAUACCACGUGGAGAAUCUGUGGCACAGAAAGGAGGAAAGAUCCGCAGAGAACGUAUGGAAAUGAGGCAGAGGAAUAUUUAUGCUAUGCGCGCCUCGCUCAUUCAACGAUUGCACCUGCAGGAUCACAAUAUUACCACCAUCACAUCUAUGGCGUUAACUCAAGUCGCAACCUACGUGCAGCUGAAGAUGCUCAUGGAUUCUACCUUGGGUGGUGAAAGUGACGAUGUCAUUUCUGACCUUCUUCAUGCAUUCGCUCCUAUACCUGAUUCUUCCCCACGGGAAGGUGCCUCCACAAAGGGAACUUGGUUGGAUGUGGACAUGAGGCAUUACAGGCGAGAGGAGAGCCUCACGCAUCUACAGAAAUUCUUUGAAUCCAGCCCUACUCAGCCUCCCUGGUCGCAUCCUCCCCCUAUACACGAACCUGCGGCUAGCGUGAUGACGAUGUUGCAGGCUACCGCUGGACUAGAAGAAUAUUGGACAUCUGUUGCAAAGGAGUUGGAAGAACUUAGAUUGCUUCAGGCUAAGGUGACGGAAUCCAUGGGUCGAGUGUUGCCCUACUGCGAAGCAGCGGCGAUGAGAAUAGAUACGGCCUAUCCUGAGCUCGGCCGCAACAUCGACCUCGCCCGUCAACUAUCCGCUUCUGGCCAAAGUACCCUCCCGUACAUCUCCUCUCUGCCCCCUUGGGCACGCGAAAUGCUGGCUCCGGUCAUCGAGUAUACACUCGAACUAGUUGGCUUCAUUAUCCGCUGGCUUUUAUAUCCCAUCUGGCGUGUUCUGCCUCGCUGGGUUCGCGUCGCAUUGACUUUCAUUGCUGUCAUUACCCUCAGCGUUGUCGCGAUCAUGUUCAGUUUAACUGGGAAGUACUGGAGUCUGAGUUACUCGCUCGGCCUUUGGCUCUCGAAUUUCGCUUUGUUCCGUUAUCCUGUCCUGGUGUGCAUCGUAAUCUUCCGGGCUUUCGUCAGUUUUUUGCGUCGACAUUGGAAAAAUGCCGCGUUUGUAUCGUCGCUUGUCAUAUUUUGGUAUAUCACGACCCCUCAGCUACACUCCGGCUAAUCCUGUCCAUCUAAUUAUUUGCUAAUUCCUCAUCUGUUCAGAUUUCCUUUUUUUUUCACCCGCAUUCUUGCACUCAUUCACAAUUAUAUACCAUGCCUAUGCAUACAUACAUACCAUUGUAGCUUAAUCAUAUUGUAUCCAUUACUGAAAACAUC